CAGAAUGAACAAUAUAAAAAGGAGGUUGAACACUGCAGAUACCACUCAGCUUCAUUCAGUCUGCCUCAACAUUUGCUGUCGCUGGGGAAGAAGGAUCAAAUCUAGUUUUACCAUGAGCAUGACUGACGUCUUGGAAGCUGGUGACAUCAACUCUGCAAUCUCACAAUGCAAAGUUCCUGAGUCAUUUGACUUCAAGAAGUUCUUCGAAGCAUGUGGUCUGUCUAAGAAAUCCACAAGCGAGGUGAAGAAAGUCUUUGCAAUUCUGGAUCAGGAUGGCAGUGGCUUCAUCGAUAAAACUGAGCUCAAGUUGUUUCUUCAGUAUUUCUCCAGUGGAGCAAGACAACUGAGUGAUAAUGAGGCUCAAUCCAUGCUUUCUGCUGCAGACAAUGAUGGUAAUGGUAAAAUCGGAUUUGAGGAAUUUCAGCAACUAGUUCAAUCUUAAAGAAAACUAGAGAUGUGAAUUAGAAACUAAUUCAUGAAGCCUGUGUUCUGGUGCAUACAGAUACAAUCUCUGAAGCAUCUGUACAAUUUGAUUGUACAAUCAUAUAACAAAUCCAGUGUACAUUCUACAAAUGCUUUGGAUUGACGUGAUUGAUUUGUUUGCUUUUUAAAGGUCUCUCAUGACUAAAUAAAAUACUUAUUGGAACUAA